CGACGUAAAACUAAAACAUUCCCGCCACCGGUUGUGUUUACUAGCGCCUGAAAGAUAUGAUCAACUGACCUGUAGGAUCAGAUCAUGUGACAGAAUGGAGGCGUCACUGAAAACAUUCACCCGUUCACCACAUACACACACCACCAGGAACCCAUUUCACAAUAAACUGAUAAGGCGAGCAACAGUUCUGAUUAACUCAGUUCAUAACGUUCACAUCGCAAUGAAAUGAGGGGAGUAUGGGGGCCAAAGAGUCGAGGAUAGGAUUCCUGUCGUAUGACGAGGCCGUCAAGAGAGUCACUGAUGUGGAAUUAAAGCGGCUGAAAGAUGCCUUCAAGAGAACCAGCGGCCUCACCUAUUACAUGACCCAGCAGUGCUUCUACAGGGAAGUGCUGGGUGAUGGAGUUCCUCAUAAAGUUGCAGAGGUGAUCUACACCUCAUUUGGAGGCACGUCUAAAGGGCUGCACUUCAACAAUCUGAUUGUGGGUCUGGUGCUCCUGACCAGAGGACGUGAUGAGGAGAAGGCCAAAUACCUCUUCAGCCUGUUUGCCAGUGAUCUGGGCGGAUAUGCUGCAAGGGAAGACAUAGAGGCAGUUCUGCAGGUCCUCGAUGGACAAAUCCCAGCCUCCCUCAAGAAGUGCUUCACUGAGGGUGACAAGGUGAACUAUGAGCGCUUCAGGAACUGGCUCCUACAGAACAAGGAGGCCUUCACGCUGUCCAGAUGGCUUCUGUCUGGAGGAGUGUGUGUCACGCUCACCGAUGACAGCGACACGCCCACCUUCUAUCAGACCCUGGCUGGUGUCACACACUUGGAGGAGUCAGACAUUAUAGACUUGGAGAAGAGAUACUGGCUGCUGAAAGCCCAGUCCAGAACCGGCCGCUUUGACUUGGAAACCUUUGUCCCACUGGUCUCUCCUCCCAUCCAUGCCUCACUAAGUGAAGGCUUAUUUCAUGCCUUUGAUGAGAAUCGGGACAAUCACAUCGACUUUAAAGAGAUCUCUUGUGGACUCUCUGCCUGCUGCAGGGGGCCCAUUGCUGAAAGGCAGAAAUUUUGCUUCAAAGUAUUUGAUGUGGACCGUGAUGGCAUUCUGUCUCGAGAUGAACUCCAUGAAAUGGUGGUGGCCUUGCUGGAGGUGUGGAAGGACAAUCGCACAGACACACUUCCUGAGCUGAACAGUAGCGUGUCAGACAUAGUAGAAGGCAUUCUGAACAUGCAUGACACAACCAAGCUGGGUCAUCUGACCCUGGAGGACUACCAAAUCUGGAGUGUGAAGAGCGCUUUGGCCAAUGAGUUCUUAAACCUGCUUUUCCAGGUCUGCCACAUUGUCCUGGGGCUCAGGCCUGGUACUCCUGAGGAGGAGGGACAAAUCAUCAGGGGUUGGUUGGAGAGGGAGAGCAGACAUGGGUUGCAGCAAGGUCAGAACUGGUUCCUCAUCUCAAUGCUGUGGUGGCAGCAGUGGAAGGACUAUGUUAAAUACGGUAGUCCCUGUUGCUUUUUUCCUGUCCAGGAGCAUAAGGGCAUCGUGGUGGAGCAGCCGUCCAUCCUAAGCUCGUUGCGAACUCCGAUGGCCACAGUCCCUAUAGAGCCCACCCCACCAGACAGGCCGGGAGGAUUGGGAACCUUCAGCCUGGGCAGCCCCACCGAAGAGAGGUCACCUGAUGCUGUGUCCAGUGCCUCGGAAGCCACAGAGAUCGCCCUGAGCCCCCAGGUAGCUCCCUCUGCAACAGAGAGCUGUUUUGCCCGUCAGCACAAUGUAUCAGACAACAACAAUCAGUGUUUUUCUGGAGCCAACGGCCACCUCCCUUCCCAGCUGGCAGCACAAAGACCUGGAGCCAUCGACAACCAGCCUCUGGUGACCACUGACCCCAUGAAGGCUCCUACGUUAACCAUGGAAGGCGGGAGGCUGAAGCGCUCCUUGCAGCUGGCGCCUGGUAGAGACUUUGAGACGGUGCCAGAGCCCGUGUGGCGGGCACUCUACCACUGGUACGGUGCCAACCUCAGCCUGCCUCGACCGGUAAUCCUGCAGAGCAAGACAGGCCAAGCAGAACUGGAGCUCUUCCCCCGCUACCUCCUCUUCCUCCGCCAGCAGCCAGCAACACGCUCCCCCCAGUCCAACAUAUGGGUCAAUAUGGGUAUGAUCAGCCUGCGAAUGUUCCCACCGUAUUUACCCCCACCAAGAGGUAAUGUGCCAUCCCCCAAUGCUCCUCUGAAGAGGGUGUUGGCCUACACAGGCUGCUUCAGUCGCAUGGCCACCAUCAAGGACAUUCACCUCUACCUGUCCCAGAGACUCCGCAUCAAGGAGGAGGAUAUGAGACUCUGGCUCUAUAACAGUGAGAACUACCUCACCCUCCUUGAUGAUGAAGAUCACACACUGGAAAGCUUGAAGAUCCAGGAUGAGCAGCAGCUAGUUAUUGAAGUCAGGAACAAGGACAUGAGCUGGCCUGAGGAAAUGUCUUUCAUUGCCAACAGUAGUAAGAUGGAUAGACACAAAGUUCCUACAGAGAAAGGAGCCACUGGCCUCAGUAACCUUGGCAACACGUGCUUUAUGAACUCAAGUAUCCAGUGUGUGAGCAACACCAAGCCUCUCACAGACUACUUCAUCUCAGGGAGACACCUCUAUGAGCUCAACAGAACCAACCCCAUUGGGAUGCGAGGUCACAUGGCCAAGUGUUAUGGAGACUUAGUGAUGGAGCUGUGGAGUGGGACACAGAAGAACGUGGCUCCACUCAAACUCAGAUGGACGAUAGCAAAGUACGCCCCACGCUUUAAUGGCUUCCAGCAGCAGGACUCCCAGGAGCUGCUAGCCUUCCUCCUGGAUGGUCUCCAUGAAGAUCUAAACAGAGUCCAUGAGAAACCCUACGUGGAGUUGAAGGACAGUGAUGGCCGGCCUGACUGGGAGGUGGCUUCUGAGGCAUGGGAGAACCACCUGCGCAGGAAUCGCUCCAUCGUGGUGGACUUGUUCCAUGGUCAGCUCAAGUCCCAGGUAAAGUGUAAGACGUGUGGACACAUCAGCGCUCGCUUCGACCCGUUCAACUUCCUGUCUUUGCCCCUGCCCAUGGACAGCUCCAUGCAUCUGGAGAUCACUGUCAUUAAACUGGAUGGUUCCACACCUGUGCGCUAUGGCCUGAGGUUGAAUAUGGAUGAGAAGUACACAGGACUGAAGAAACAGUUGAGUGAACUGUGUAGUCUGAAGCCUGAGCAGAUCCUCCUGGCUGAGGUGCAUACCUCCAACAUCAAGAACUUUCCUCAGGACAACCAGAAGGUCAGGCUCUCUGUUAACGGCUUCCUAUGUGCAUUUGAGAUCCCAGUGCCAGGUUCACCAACAUCACUGAGCUCACCUACAUUAACAGACCUCACCCCAAUAGCCAAUGGCUCUGCUGCUAAUGAGAACCUAAGCAACAAGCCCGUCCUUAUUCCCAAUGGUGGGCCCAGCACCAUGGUGCCCUGCACUCCUGAGACACCCCUGGCCAAUGGGGUCCCCAAUGGACACAUCACACCUGUGCAGGAGAGCCCCUUCAUUGGUUAUAUUAUUGCCAUGCACAGGAAGAUGAUGCGUACGGAGCUGUACUUCCUGUCAUCUCAGAAGAACCGGCCUAGUCUGUUCGGCAUGCCGCUUAUAGUUCCCUGCACUGUCCACACCAGUAAGAAGGAUCUGUAUGAUGCCGUCUGGAUCCAGGUGUCCCGACUGGCGAGCCCACUGCCCCCGCAGGAAGCCAGCAAUCAUGCCCAGGACUGUGACGACAGUAUGGGCUACCAGUACCCCUUCACUCUACGGGUUGUGAGUAAGGAUGGUAACUCAUGUGCCUGGUGUCCCUGGUACAGGUUCUGUCGAGGCUGUACAGUAGAGUGUACAGAGGACAGAGCUGCUGUAGGAAAUGCUUACAUAGCUGUGGACUGGGACCCCACAGCCCUGCACCUCCGCUACCAGACCUCCCAGGAGAGGAUUGUGGAAGAGCACUGCAGUGUGGAGCAGUCUCGUCGAGCCCAGGCUGAGCCCAUCAGCUUGGACAGCUGUCUGAAGGCCUUCACCAGUGAGGAAGAGCUGGGUGAGGACGAGCUUUACUACUGCUCCAAGUGCAAGACGCACCGGUUAGCCACUAAGAAGCUGGACCUCUGGAGGCUUCCGCCCAUUCUGAUUGUCCACCUGAAGCGCUUCCAGUUUGUGAAUGGCCGCUGGAUCAAGUCCCAAAAGAUUGUCAAGUUCCCACGGGAAAAUUUUGAUCCCAGCGCCUUCCUGGCUCCCAGAGACCUGGAGCAGCACUGCCUCCACUCCCGCAGUGAGAGCGAGGAUCUGCUGAGGGUUGGAGAAGACAAUCUGUCCUCUAUCUCCGCCCCAGCUGGCUUCUGCAACCUUCCCAAAGCCUCCCCUGCCACUAGCAGGAAGUCAGCGCCCUCUCUCAGCCGGACCAGCAGCCCCUCUGGCAGCCCAAAGACCGGCAGCGGAGGCCGCAGGCCAGGGCGGCUACGCUUGCCCCAGCUGGGCAGCAGACACCGCCUCUCCAACAGCAAGGAGAAUCUGGAUGGAGCCGCUAAUCCUGAGGCUGAGCCACGGGACAGUGCACCACAGGCAGACGCAGAGGGGAGCACAGCAGGGGCCACAGCACUGGGCCUUCCUGGAUCAGGAGAGGCGACAGCGUCAGAGUCAUCAUGCAGCACUGAGGCAUCCAGUAGCCACUGUGACGUGGUCCUGGUGAACGGUGACAGCAAUGGACUGAGCUCAGACUGCAGCACAGAGAGCAGCAUGGACCCUGACAAUUCACUUCUUCAGCACAGGGACAACAUGUGUCUGGACGCCAUCUACAACCUCUAUGCAAUAUCAUGCCAUUCAGGAAUCAUGGGAGGAGGCCACUAUGUGACAUAUGCCAAAAACCCCAAUGGCAAAUGGUACUGUUACAACGACAGCAGCUGCAAGGAAGUGCACUCUGAGGAGAUCGACACUGACUCGGCCUACAUCCUCUUCUAUGAGCAGCAGGGAGUCGACUACUCCCAGUUCCUGCCAAAGAUCGAUGGAAAAAAGAUGGCUGACACAAGUAGCAUGGAUGAAGACUUUGAGUCUGACUACAAGAAAUACUGUGUCCUCCAGUGAUGGCACCUCGUCUUCCAUCAGCCAGCACUGCACGUGCUCUCUGCUUCCUCCUGCUGCUCUGAGCAGGAAGCACCAGAGGUUCAGACCAUUCUGAAGAAUUCUCACAAACUACUAAUGGCUAGAGUCAGACUGUCUUGCGUCGCAGCACUUUUUACACUUGACCACAAACAUGGAUUAGUGCAAAGGUUUGCCAAGACAACAAUGAAGCCGUGGUGAAAGCACUAAACUGGUGCACUUUGCUGAGCCCGAAAAAACAAAUCACCCCUUCACCCUCAUGUGAACAACUCUCGCCAUAACAUGCAUAAAAUAUAUACUUGCAUACUAACGCAUCUCUGAAUGUAUGCCGCUAUGGCCAAGUCAUGAAGUGAUGUUGCUUUGUUUUGUGUGCAUUUAUCACUCAUUACUGAUUCCAGAAUGCCAAAAAUCAUUUAAAGCUGGAGUUAUCAUGUGAUCUGAGCCUGAAGAAGGAAAAUACUCAGACCACGGAAUGAAUUCCAAGUUUAAAUACAAGGCCAAUGAGUGGACACAAAUUUUUAAAAGCCAUGUGUUAACAGGCCCCAACAGUUCAAAAACCUGCGCUGGUGUCAUAUUUGUCUCCACAGGUCAACAUGAUGUUGAAAUUUGGUAUCUAAAAGAUUUUAUUAGUGAUGGUGUCACUAGAGAAAAACAGUCAUAUGCUACCUCAUCGCUUCACGCAGUCGCUCAGCCAACUGUACCCUUAAAAAUCUGACAGUAUUAAUAAUAAUUAAAAUGCUUCCUUCAAGAGUUGUGGUACACACAUUUCCGUAAACCGCCCCCAAUCUCUCGCCCCCCUUUUGUAGGACGCUUCCACAGGUCCUUAUGUGGAUAGGAAAUUCAUCCCGCAGCUGCCAAAAAUUCAGUGGUGAUUUGUGCAAUGUUGACCUGUGUGUACCCAAAGCUUUUCGGUAACCCUAAAAGCCACAGUGUGAGACUUGGUUUGUUUAGGACAGGUGCCAUGAUUUAAGAAAGAAUAAUGUUUUUUGUUUGUUUGUUUGUUUGUUUUUUGGGUCUGCAAAUGUGUUAUUUUAUAUUUUGUUCCUCUUAAGUCAGCCAUCAGGAGCCACUUCAGGUUAGGAAUGGAUGUUUAUCUCAAAGCAACACCUAGAGGUGUCAAGCUUAUCUUCACAGCACUGUCGCACCUUUCACCUGCUUCAUUUCUCAACUGUUGAGAUUCACUCAUCUGUAAUACUAAUGUCCGUACCCUGCCCAAUAGGAAGCCACAUAACAGUUGAGACAUUGAUAAACAGUUUAAAAAAAAAACCCAAAACAUCAAAAUUAGUGCAGCAGAACCAGAGAUACCAUCUUUUUUUUACCAGGCAUUCACCUUUCCUGUUAAAACCUGGCACCUACAUGACCCACAGUGCAAAUCGACUGACAAGUGACAUCACUUGUGGCAAUUUAUGAGAUUUCACACAGCCCCCUUCUGAAAGCACAAAAGGCUUUCUGCAACUUUUUUUUUUUUUUCAUGUGCUGUAGUGCUCGCACACACACCGUUGGAACCACAUUUUGAUGUGUAAAAUCUGCAGCGUUCUCCUCUCUUGAGAGUUUGAAACCUGUUGCCGUGUGCUUGGGGCUUAAUGUUGCGCUGUCCUGGAGUACAUAUACCUGUACAUCACUGCAGCGAGGUGAAAGUGAAACCACUGAAAGCCUGUCAAAACCACAUUUCAAUUGGUGUUAAGCUGCUCUUUCAUGAUUAUUAAUACAUCGCAAUGUUACUGCAACCUGAAGCUCUCACGUGGACCUUGUGGUGAGCUUGAUUUUCAAGAUGGUGCCCUGCUAAAUAUCUGUGGAAGCUUCAGUAACACCUCUUUUUACGGUUCUCAAAGAUUACAUUACCAACAGAGCAAAUAGGGCAGAUAACACUGGGUUCUAGACUCUCGUGGGCUCCUCAGCUAAUAUAAUCAGAUUGCGUUGGUAAAAUAUUGUUUGGUAAUAUGGAUCAUAGAGAGGAGAAGUCCUUCCUCUCCCAGUAUAACCCAUGAGACCUUAUUUUGGAAAAAAGAAAAAGUCAAGAAAGUCUCGGUGUGAAACCAAUCAGUGAACUACAUCAUUAAUUUCUCACAAGAUUUAUCAACACCAACAUGGCCUUCAACAUGGCAUAGAAGAAGCACUAAAAGAGCUGAAAAUCACAAGUUUGGCCAUGUUGCAGCUAUGUAUAAGGAGGAAUACUCUGUUCUGUAGGCUAAGUAGUAUGGCUGGUUCUACAAGGUUUCAGUGGGUGUUAAACACGACAGUGUCACUUACACAGCUCUUCUAAUUAUGUAUUUUCUUACAUACUUAACAGUUUUAUGACAAGCUGCGACUUUCUUGAGUUAUAAAAUUAUCUUUCAUACUGACAAACAUGUAAUUUAUGGUUUAAUGCAAGUGGGAUCAAAAAAUUUGUUGUGUCUUUCCAUUAACUACCAUACACAUAUUUUCUGAAAUAAGGACCCACCACCAGAGGGGCAGGGACUAAAGCCUUCAUUUAGACCAAAUUUAAAGGCCCUGUAUUAUUAGGUGGUUUUGUUUCAAAAUCAAAUUUUAGUGCUUUUGGUAUUUCACUUGCUUUUAUACUGGAAUGGUGCAUAUUCCCAGAUAAGGGAACAGUUUCCAACAUGCCCAGAUAUGCUGACUGUACCCAAAAUUUAAGGGCCCCCAGCCCUUUUUUGCCCUCUGGCCUAGAAAGAGUUAUGUAACUUGUUACCACUUACAGGCAAAUGGAGAUAAUUAACUAGUAUAAUUUGGCGACAAACAACCGUACAUUAGAUGUAUGGGGUAUAAAGUUUCCAACAUUAAUCUGUUCAUUUCUCUUUCAUUUCUUUUAUAUUUAAUUUGGGUUGUUCUAAAGAAAUUCCUCGGAAAAUCAAUAUAUAAUGUUAGCAAAACUUCUGCCCCCUAAAUGGACCCUCUGACAUGAGACGGUAUAAAUCUAUUAAAUGUUUGUAUAGGCCUCACUCCAUCAUUGGAACCAAGAUUUAGAUUAUCAUUUGUGUUUUUGCGUGCUAAAUAUUGGUUUCAUGUAAAUUCUAAUUUUAUCUGAAGCAUUAGCUACUUGAUGUGACUGUUGGGGUUAGUUUGAAACGAACAAACCCGUGUUUUGCUGUGCGGAGUCAAGUGGCAGAGCUUUGUGUCUGGUGUGUAGCAGCAAGUGUGGGGCUCUUCCUGCACUUGGCUCGGUCUAAUCACUGUGAAAAGACGGAUCAGCAGCUCCCUAUGAUUCCCCACUCUGUCUUCUAGAUCACAGGAGAUGAAUUUCUGUGCUCACCUCUUUUUAGCUGCUUUAUUUACAAGGAAAAUGUGUCAGUCUGGAUGUAUUUGGAUAGAUAUUUGUCACUGAAUGAAAGUUUAUUUUUCUUGGCAAAGUACAUUUGUUGAACAAAUGGAAAUGUACAGAUGACUGCGACUUAUGUUUGCUUGCUCAGCUUUUUCUUCAACCCUCCUGCCUUUGCACCAAGAUUUGGACGAUGUCAAGUUUGUGUCCAUGUUCAAAACGUCAUCACAUGGCUCAAAGGGGAAAUUUCCCGAAGCAUUUGUCUGUCGAGAAUCCAUUUUGUAAUGUUUGCUUCAUUUAAUGGUGCAAUAGCUCUCCACUUUUUUUUUUGUUUUUUUAGGCUUUGAAUGUUCCUUCAGCUGACUGCUUGUGUGAUGCUAAGCUUGCCACACAUGUAGCUUCAACUGUAUUUGGAAAAAUACAAUUUAAAGUUGGGGUCAUUUUCAGCACAAUUUUCGUAAUCCAGGAAAAAGACUUUCUGCCCAUAACAACUGAACUUUGACGCUGAAAUUGGGCAAACAUCGAUCCUGUGAACCACAGGAAUAAAAUCAUAAACUCCUCCCCAUCUCCAUAAGCCCCGCCCACCCAACGCCACCCUCACCUCCCCAAAUAGUAUGGAGUGUCGGCAGGCAGUGCAAUCUACUACUGAACUGUCUGUCAGUGUGUGUAGCCUCUUUUUAUUUAAGUUCAUUUCUGUCGGAUCUGAACCGGAGUCGUUAAUUUAAAGAACUUUUUUUUUUUUUUUUUUGUAACGUGUUUGUUGAAAGAAAGUGACAUUGCACUGACAUGAAAACAUGUACAUACAAAAAAUGUGUUUUGUAAAUAAGCCAAUGAAAACUAUGUAUUUGAAUAUGAACUGUACAAAAUACUGUACUUGUAGUUGUAUAUGGAGUGAUAACGUUGAUCUGUAACAAAAUACCCAAGCAACAAAUUAAAUUGUGCAGAGGAAAUGACAA